AUGGCAGAGAAUUGGCUGCGUCUCUCCGGAGCCGGGGCGGUGGAGGAGGGCGGUCUGGAGGAACCCAGCGGUCUGGAUGACAGCCUGACUAGCCUGCAGUGGCUGCAGGAAUUCUCCAUCCUCAACGCCAAGGCCCCCUCCCUGCCCCCUGGGGGGACCGACCCCCAUGGCUACCACCAGGUGCCAGGCUCAGCAGCCCCUGGCUCACCCUUGGCUGCGGAUCCCGCCUGCCUGGGACAACCACAUACCCCAGGCAAGCCCACCUCUUCCUGUACUUCUCGGAGUGCUCCUGCUGGGCUGCAGGCCCCACCCCCAGACGACGUGGACUAUGCCACCAACCCCCACGUGAAGCCACCCUACUCCUACGCCACGCUCAUUUGCAUGGCCAUGCAGGCCAGCAAAGCUACCAAGAUCACGCUUUCCGCCAUCUACAAGUGGAUCACAGAUAACUUCUGCUACUUCCGCCAUGCUGACCCCACAUGGCAGAAUUCCAUCCGCCACAACCUGUCCCUGAACAAAUGCUUCAUCAAAGUGCCUCGGGAGAAGGAUGAGCCAGGCAAGGGUGGCUUCUGGCGCAUUGACCCCCAGUACGCAGAGCGGCUACUGAGCGGCGCCUUCAAGAAGCGGCGGCUGCCCACUGUCCACAUCCACCCAGCCUUUGCCCGCCAAACCCCCCAAGAGCCUGAGACAGGCAGCUGGGCAGCCCCCCUGGCCAUAAACCCCGAGGCCCAGCAGCUGUUACGAGAAUUUGAGGAGGCCACAGGCGGUGAAACGGGCUGGGGAGCAGGCGAGGUCCGGGCCGGGCACAAGCGCAAGCAGCCUCUGCCCAAGCGAGUGGCCAAAGCGCCACGGCCCACCAGCACCACGCUGCUGAGCCAGGAGGAGCAGGGGGAGCUGGAGCCUCUGAAGGGAGACUUCGACUGGGAGGCCAUUUUUGACACAGGCACACUAGGAGGGGAGCUGGGCACCCUGGAGGCCCUGGAUCUGAGCCCACCGCUGAGCCCAGCCAACCGCAGCAAUGUCGACCUGACAGUACAUGGUCACCACAUCGACUGCCCUGCCACUUGGGGCCCCUCGACCGAGCCAGCCACGGAUGGGCUGGACUUCGAUGAGACCUUUUUGGCCACCUCCUUCCUGCAGCAUCCCUGGGAUGAGAGCCACGGGAGCUGCCUACCCCCAGAGCCCCUCUUUGAGGCUGGCGAUGCCACCCUGGCUGUUGACCUAAAUGAGUGGGCCAGUGUGGGUGCCUUCUUGUAAAAGGCUGGGACCUCCCCUCCCCACACCUCUGGACACAAGCCUCAGAAUCAGGGCCCAGAACGCCCCCAAAACAGGAGCCUCAAGGACAUGCCUCCUCCUCCCAGGCAGGGGCUAAGGCAGGUCUUCUGAGGAUGGGACAACUUUCAGGCUCAUGCUGCCCCUAGGCAAGAUUGCCCCUGGGACCCAAUCCCAACUGAGAACCUGGAGGAACCAGGAAUCCCCUUACACACAGUGUUGCUGUCCCCAUAUUCCUUCCUACCCCCACUACCUCCAGCAAGCAAGCCCUGAGGUCUGGACCGCCCAGUUCUGUCUCUUUCUCAGUGGGCAUCUCUGCCUCUGUCUCUUUCUUUCUUCCCCAGGUCUCUAUCCAGGGAAAGUUCCCAGGUACAACAGAUGCUAAUUAGGUGAAAGCAAAUUAAAUCC